AUGAAGAGGACCUGCCCUGUAUCGCCUCGCAAAGACCCGACCUCGCGUCGCGAACCCAUCGACGCGGUUCAGUCAACGGCAACGAUGUCCCCAACACCGCUAUCGGCCGAAGGGGCCACCUCCUCUGCCGCAUCAACGCCCGAUCAGGGCUCAUUGUUGCCAGCAUGGAAACCAGGUCAAGCCAUUGUGUUUGAGAGCUCGACUUCACCUGGCUCCUCCCCGUCUGGAUGUCCCAGCCGCGAACUCCGGUCAGUGUGCAGAGACGACGCUGUGGCGGUCGUCAGGGAGCCGAUGCUCCAUUUCCAGGACAGGACGUUUGCUAAUUUUCAUGUGACUGGAUGCUGAGCAGCUCCCAGCAAAUGAUAUCCACGCAGAAAUGCCCCGAACAUUCGGCGUCUGGUAUAGCUCACCUCUCGCCACAUCGACCCAGGACGACCUCCUCCCCUCCCUCGAGCUUUUGUCGACCCCUCGCCCACAAAUGGAAUGCCCCCCCUGUGGCGGCGUUUCCUUCCUCACGCAUGGAGAAGGGAGAUCAAUUGGUCGGAAUCAGGCUAGCGCAGCACUUGCCGAACAGCAUGUAUGCUAUCACACCCCCAUCCGAAGCAGGUUCCUCUUCGGGCCGUGCACCACCGUCGUCGUCGGCAUCGUCCACCUGCCCCGCAUCACCUGCAGUCCUAUCGCAAGCCGAGAUGGAUCAACUGGUCGAAGGGAUAGACUUCAGUGACGUCGAAGAGGAGUCGGGAACGAGCUUCGAAGUAGAGAUCUCGAGACUGGUCCAGCUCACCAAACGCAGGGAAGAGGCGUCGAGGAGUCAAGCGAAGGGUAAAGGUAAAGCUACCGAUCCAGAAUGGGACCAUGCCCCGCGUCCACGAACCUUGCUCGGCUCGUUGGCAACGUCGAAUCGCAUCAACAUCGACCCUUCCACUUACAGGCGUGUCUCGCCACCUCGCGCUUAUUCGAUUUCAGCUCACCCCAGCCUCGAUGCCAACGAGGACAAAGUCUCGAAUGCUCGAUCGUCAAGUCUCGCCCCGGAGAUGUCGCCCGAAAGACUCGAGAGUUUCAUGGAAUUCAUCGACGUCAGCAGCGACAUAUCUAUCGAGUCUAGUCUCGCGUCCGACGACUCCAUCCAAAUUGUCGAACCGGAGACGGCCAAGAGUCCAGGGCCUUCCGCCCCUGCCGUGGCUGCUUCAGUGACAUCGACUAACACAACCGCCACGAGACAUCAGAGGUGGUUCGCGAAACCUGACUCGAUUAAACAAAAGGAAUCUUUCGCCUCGAGUGCGAAACCGCCGCCUGUCAACGAAGCCCCAAUUAAAUUAGGCCCCCGAGCUCAAAAGGCGGCUCAACACAAGCGCAAAGUCGAGGCUGACCGAAGCCUGCGCGAAAAGUACAAGACCGUGUUCGACUUUACUCGCACGGGCGGAAGGACGAAGCCGAAUCUGAUCUACACGAACUCGGCAGACGAGGUAGCCAAAGUCUUGAAGGCAAUGGACGACGGGCCCUACGGAUUCGACCUCGAGUGGGAACCGUCCAAGAGGCGAGGGGUGGAGAAUCCGACCGCUUUGGCUCAGGUCUGUGACGGUCGAACGAUCUUGCUCGUUCACAUUGCCCGAAUGUCGACAUUCCCCAAAGCGCUCAAGGACUUCAUCGAAGACCCCACGAAAGUGAAGCUUGGGGUCCAGAUUGCUGGGGAUGCCAGGAAGCUGUCGAGAGAUUUUGGUCAUACGCCGCGUGGGCUUCUAGAGCUCAAUAACGUUGGCAAGUUGGUUGAUGGUCCGAGGUAUGCCGGUCGGAUCCUCAUCGGGUUGCAAGAGAUGACGGGGACGUAUUUGGACAUGUACUUACCCAAGGAAGGGGCCGUGAGGUGUGGCAAGUGGAGUGGUACGAUCGGAGCCGAGCAGCAGCAUUGUAGGUCUCGGGUUACGUCGAUCGUCCAAGCUCGGUAUGUACAUUACUCAAUUCUAUUUCUUCUGUAACCGCAGAUGCCGCAAAUGAUGUCUGGGCUUCGCUUCUCGUCUUUCGCUUCCUCGAAUCGCUAGCUGGACCAGCACAUGCUAUUAUGUCCCAAGUCUCGCACGAUAUGAGCACCGCAUCAUCUUUCCGAGCCACCCCUCGAUCCGUCACUGGAACCGCCAAGUCGACCGCCGCCACUCCGAAGCCGCCGGCCACUGCACGAGUCUCCACGCUAUCAAGAGGACUCUCACCCCGACAGCAACAAGCUUACGACCUGUACCGAACUCUCACUCUGCAAGAGACGACGGAUGCGAUGUGCCAGACGAACGCAAUCAAGAUGUCGAGCGUGCUCUGGAACUUGCUUGUGGUCUUUGACGGUUCGACAACUUUGACGAACAAGGCGGAUGGCGGGAGCAGUGGCGAGGGCGCUUUUUUCUCUAUGCACACCGAAAUGAAGCAAAAAUUGUGGAAGGAUGUGUCUGAUGCUUGGGGAACCUCGAACGAACGGUUCAAGGCAGCGCAUGAGGCGGUCGUGGAAAAACUGGCGGCUGAGCUCAAUUUGCCGGUGCCUUGGUCGAAUUCGUCGUGA